ACGGAUUCCGCGCAUUCAGCAGGAGGAGAAAGCCACAAGACAAGCUCGAAGAGAGAGAUGCAGCAGCAGAUUCAGAAGCGAGCUAGAAAGGACUGGGAAGUCGGCUAAUCGGAGAAAGGCUCUGUGAAACCAGAUACCUCUUGCGAGGCAGUGAAUUUUCGGGAGCCGGGACGAAGCGUUAGUGCAUGGCGAGUUGGACGCAAGUGCUCAAAGCAGAGUGUGAGUGACGGCGAUUUACGAGACGCAAAUUCCAACGUUUUAGGUGUGGUGUGCUCAGCACCGGAGGUUGAUGCUAGACUCAGCUUAGGAUGCACAUGAUACCGCGGUCCUGCCAGUGACACAUGAUACCGCGGUCCUGCCAGUGACACAUGAUACCGCGGUCCUGCCAGUGACACAUGAUACCGCGGUCCUGCCAGUGGCACAUGAUACCGCGGUCCUGCCAGUGACACACGCUGCCGUCUCGGAAAUUCGAUACUAUGUCCUCCUCGCUUCUAGGCGGACAGUUAAGUAGGUCCUUCCGAGAACCGCCGCAUGUCACUGACCGGUUACCCGGUCGCCAGGUCCAAAACUGCGAUUGUUUACUCCACACAUCAGGGACCGUUAGAGUGCAGCAGGGACUUCGGAAUAACGCGUCCGUACCGAGAAUACGAAGCACCCACCGACGAACAUCAAGUCGCCAAUCUCGCCUUAAAAGCUUCCAGAACAGGACGAGUGUCACCAGACGAUCCAAAGGUAUUCACUGCCACGUCAGCGAGGAAGCUUCGCGGCCAGCAAGGGAACCGCUUCUCCUGAAUGGCUAUCCGGCAGCGCAAGAAGUGGGGGUUAUUCCGCGGUCUCUCACGGACUUGGUGCAUUUGCUGAUGGAGCGGGAUGCUGGGGCCGUCGCCAAGGUCGUUGCGUCUGAGUCAACUCAAAAGCAACCAGCAGAGAGGGAGAAUGACCCUCGCCGGUCUUUCGCGGACUUGGUGCCUUUGCUGAUGGAGCGGGGUGCUGAAACCGUCACCAAGGUCGUUGCGUCUCGCACUGGCGGACUCAUCGUUCUCAACGCGCUCACCAUGCUCUAUGCCAGCAACGGCACAGUGAUCAAGGGAGCAGAAGAAGCCGCCGGAGGGCCUCUGCCGUUCUGCUUGGGCCGCUUCGCCAUCGCUGCCCUCGCGCUCUCGCCGCUGCUCCCUGCCAGCCUCGCCAACCCCACUGUCCGUCGCUGCGGCGUGGAGAUGGGCCUCUGGGCGGCUCUGGCGUACCUCUCGCAGGCAUUCGCUCUUAUCACCACUGGCGCUGGGCGCGUGGCCUUCAUUGGAACCUUCACGAUGAUCGAGGUGCCUCUGGUGGCGGGUCUCUUGGGGGCGCGCAUCCCUCCCCUGGUGUGGGCCGCCACUGCAUCCGCCGUCGCUGGCGUCCUCCUACUCGAAGCCAACUCAGAGGCGUCCACGCUGGUUGGCGAUGGUCUGGCGCUGGUGAGCGCCGUGGCGUUUGGGCUGCUCAUGGUGCGAUCCGAGCACUUCGCCAAGACGGUGCCCCCCACAGCAAGCCUGGACCUCAUCUCCUUGCAGAUCUUCACAGUGGCAUGCUGUGCUGCUGUCGGCACUGCCAUCACCAGCCUCCUAGACCUUCAGUCUGCCAGCACCGCUCUUGCAGCCACAGCAGGGGCACCAGCCACAGCAGUCGCAACAGUCACAUCCCUCGCUCUACAAGGAGCAAUAGCAGUGCCUGGACCCGACCUCGCUCUUCCUCCUCCUGCUGCUCUGCCCCCAGACGCCCUGGCUGGCUUCGCCACCCAGGUCAAGGAGCUUAUCACUGCAGCGUCACCAGCUGAUGCGUUGACCAGGCUGGCCUCGUUGACAGGCUCGUGGCCCUGGCUCCAGAUGGCAUACACCGGGGUGGUCUCCACCGCGCUCUGCCUCUGGCUUGAGAUUGUUGCGCUCAGGCACGUUGCGGCGUCCGAGGUGGCGAUGGUGUACACGCUGGAGCCGCUCUACUCUGCGCUGCUGGCUUCAUUGGUCCUGCAGGAGGAGUGGAUGAUCGCAGGCUACAUGGGAGCAGCACUGAUCUUUGGCGGAAGUGCUGCUGUUCAACUUGGGAAUAUUGAUAAUGAUAAAACUGAAACUAACUGACAGCCACUGUUCAUGUGGAAAACUUAUAUUAGUUAGAGUACCAAGGUUACCGUAAACGCCCGGAUAUAAGACCGGUUUUAUUGAGGACCCAUAGGGUGUUUUUGGCGGGUAGGUCCUUUAUUAUGGUAAUCGACUAACAAGACCCUCCCCUUU